CGGAGCACAGAAGUAGGUAGGUACUGGGCAGGAUGUAGUAACCAAAGAUAGAGAUGAUGGGCAUUUGUGUAAUACGGGGCCCCUGUUUCGGCCAUGCACGAUCACUUCUUCUAUUGGACGCUACAGGGGUUUUAAGGCUGAAAGGAAAGAAGGAGAAAAAAAAGCAAAUUACCUAACGUACUGUGUGUGUGUAGUACCAUGUAAAAGUCCAUGUAUAAGUCCAUGUUGUGUAAUCUGGAAGAACAGUAGGUGACGAGUGAAUAGUAAUGGGUCCUGCCUGUAAUUCACCGUCCAGGCACCGUGUUUUUUUUUUUCUUCUCUUUUCCAUUUCCCUUUUCUUUUUUUUCCUUAGUUAAUUUUCUUUUCAAUCUUUUCCCGGAAUAUCUCCUCAAUUCCGUAACGUAAAUGAUUCCUACUCCCCGAGUUGAGGUUAAGGGUAUCCACCACAACUAACCACCACCGCCGCCGCCGCCGCACGAUAAUUACCUAAGGUACCUAGGUAACAAGCAAAGGCAGCCCGGCCAGGAUGAGGUGGUUCCUGACGCUGCCGGCCUCGGUGCUGCUCGGCAUCGCACUGCAGGCGCACGGCUCGUCGGCCCUCGACAACGACUUCUCGGCGUACCCCGAGGGCUCGCAGCAAUGCCUGAACGACGCCGCCAACGAAACCACGUGCACCGGGAACACGGGCAGCGAGAUCAACAAGUGCCUGUGCUCCAACAAGGGCAACUUCAUCUACAACACCGCCGAGUGCGUCGCGAGGAAGAGCCCCGCCGACCUCAACGCCGUCUACGACACCAUGGAGAACAACUGCGCCGGCACCGGUGUCACCAUCGCCGUCUCCAAGCAGGCCUUCCUCUCCCAGGCCGCCGCCGCCACGCAGACCACGUCCUCCGCUACCCCGACUUCUACAUCCCCUUCUUCUUCUUCAUCUUCAUCUUCAUCCUCUUCUUCGUCAGGCUCGUCAGGCUCGUCCGCGGCUUCACCUACAGCAUCUAACUCGCCCUCCGAAAGCAGUGGUAGCAGCACUCUCUCCCAAGGCGCCAAGUUAGGUCUAGGCGUAGGAAUCGGCUUCGGCAGCGUGGCGCUGGGCCUCCUGGGCUGGUUCGUAUUCAUGUACUCGCGGCGGCGCAAGUCGCACCCGGCCUCUUCGGACCCGAAUUCACCAUACCAGCACGACGUGGAGCUGUCACCGAACGGCGGCGGGAACAGCAGCAUGUACCACCCGUCGCCGCUGAUGCCGUCGCCCGAGUACGCGCAGCACAACGCGCAGUUCGGCGGGGUCGCCGAGCUCAGCCCCGCGACCGUGCAUAGCGGGUGGAAGGAAUUGCCGGGGGAUUACUACGCGGGGGACAAGAAAGACGGCAGGACUACGGAUGGUGGUGGUGGUGGUGGUGGAGGAGGACAUGUUCACAAACGCUCAUCUGGUGUCCCGCUCCUGGCGGAGAUGGAUGACGGGAGGGGGAGCUCGCUGGCGCCGGUCGAGCUGCCGGGGAGUGAGGUGUUUACGGAUACCGCGAGCAGCAGCGUGCACACGCAUACGCCGACGACGAUGCCGCAUGAUCAUGACGCGCAGCGACCGGAGAGUAGUGGGUAUCGGGAUCAGGGGUUAGGGGGCGGCCAUGGAGGAUGAUGAUGAGAGUGAAAGAAGGGAAACAAAAAAAAAGGAGGAGGGAGGGAGGAAUGGUAAAUCGAAUGUUACGAGUUUCAGAAGAAGGGAGGACGUUCUCAAUACCGAUAACGAUGCCGAAGAAUACCGAAAUUACCGAGUUCUUACUAGGCAAUGCCAAAAGGAAACUUUAAACUUUAUAAUAAUUGUUUUAUAAAUCGAAAGAACGCGCGCGCUGCAUUACCUACCUAAUACCCAAUGUAAUGAUUACCGGACGAAGGUUCUCACGCGGAAGAGGGAAGGUUUUAUUUAUUACGUAAGUGCCUACCUCAAUAAUUUACAACUAACGAUUCACAAAAGAAAAGAAAGAAGAAAAAAAUAUCUUGGAGAUAUAUCAAGUUACGCAACGCAACGCAACGCAGAACGGAUCGGAAG